AUGCCAGGCGAGACGCUAGCUCUUCCGGCGCCGCCGCCGGGCGGCUUGAAAGACGCCACGCCGUCAGUCUUGACGGCCGAAGAACGGUCUGGGCAGCAGAAACCGGCAGAGAAGCCGAAACCGGUGGUGGUUGCGACGCAGACGAAGACGAUCGGCAUCAUUCACCCUCCUCCCGAUAUUCGCAGCAUCGUCGACAAAACCGCCACCUUCGUCGCCCGAAACGGCCCGGAUUUCGAAAAGAAGAUUCUCGCCGCGAACAAAGGCAACGUCAAGUUUAAUUUCCUCACACCCACCGAUCCCUAUCAUGCGUACUACCGGCACAAGAUUAACGAGCAGCUUGCGCAGCUUAAUCUUCCGGCUCAGGCCGAACCUAUAGCAUCCGAGCCUGGUGCAGGUUCGGCAGCAGGCUCGGCAGCCGGAGCUCCUGCCGGGAAAGCUUCGGGAGCAGCCGGGUCUGCAGCUGCGGUUGUCAAGCCUGCAGGCCCAGCAGGGCCUUUUCCGGAGGCUGGCAAAGAUGCAGCGGCAGCUGGGGCUUCGGCAGCAGCGGCGAAGCUUCCGGAUCUGCCUGAACCGGAGCAGUACACGGUUCGGAUUCCAGAAGGCAUGUCCGGGCAGGAUUUGGACGUUAUCAAGCUGACCGCUCAACUCGUAGCGCGAAACGGCAAGACGUUCCUAACGGGUUUAAUUAGUCGCGAGCACAUGAACCCGCAGUUCAAUUUUCUCAAGCCCACGCACAGCCUAUUCACCUUCUUCACUGCUCUCGCGGACGCGUACUCCAAAGUACUAAUGCCUCCUAAGGAGGUAUUAGACAAGGUGAAACGCGACGCGGGGCCGGGUGGGCAGGCGGCGAUAAUGGCGCGGAUCCAGACGCGGCUCGACUACGAGAAAAAGCAGGAGAAGGCGCGGAAGAAAGCGGAGGACGAGAUCGAGCAGGAGCGAUUACAGAUGGCUUUAAUCGACUGGCACGAUUUCAUAGUCGUAGAGACGAUCGAAUUCGCGGACGACGAGGAGGCAGAGCUGCCGGUUCCGAUGACUAUAGAGGAGGUGAUUAGAAAGAGCAAGCAGCUUGGCGCGGACGAGGAGCUCGAGGCGGAGGACGCGGCGGCGGUCGCGGCGGCGGAGGCUGGCGCGAAGCCGGGGACGAAGGCGGCGGCGGCGGCGGCGGAGAAGGCGAAGGGGGAGAAGGAGGCGGCGCAGACGAUGGACGCGGAGGAGAUGACGCUGGUGGAGGAGGGGAUGCGCGCGGCAGGAAUCGCGGAGGGGGAGGGGGGGAAGGGCGCGGAGAAAGGGGAGGGGGAGAAGGCGGAAGGGGAGGAGAUGGAGAUGGAGGAGGGAGGUGCGCCUGCUGGUGUUCCCCCGCCCCCACCACCACCUCCGCCGCCGCCGCCGCCUGCUGAAGUGGAGGAGGUGGGUGGGACCGUGCGUGUGGGUGGGGUGGGUCAGGGCAGGGCUGGUUUAGUUCGUGAGAGAUGGGUGAGUGAGAGGACGCCAGUGAGGAGGAUGUGCGUGGGACUGUGGCUGGAAGGGGGGUUUCGCUUCAGUGCAUGUGGUGGGUGGGGCAGCUGGGCUGCCAGAGCUUCGGUUAACGAGAUGGACAUGGAGGAGGAGGAAGAAGAGGCACCGAUGCGCAUCGUGCGCAACUGGAAGCGACCGGAGGAGCGAGCAGCAGCGGAACAAGACCCCACGAAGGUGGUGGUCUCCCCCAUCACGGGCGAGCUGAUCCCGAUUGCAGACAUGGCGGAGCACAUGCGCAUCUCGCUCAUCGACCCCAAGUACAAGGAGCAGAAGGAGCGCAUGCUCGCCAAGCUCCGCGAAAACACCCUCGCCAACGACGACGAGAUCUCCAAGAACAUCGUCGGGCUGGCUAAGACCCGCCCAGAUAUCUUUGGGACGACGGCGGAGGAGGUUUCGGAGGCGGUGCGGGCGGAGAUGGAGAAGAAGAAGGACGAGGGCGCGCCGAGCGGGGUCAUGUGGGACGGCCAUACUGCCAGCAUCGGCCGCACCGCCACCCAGGCGUUGCAGCAGAGCCUCGCGCAGCCGCCCGCCGCGGAGAAAAAGGACGAGCCGAGCCGCCCGGUUUCGGGCCCGCAGGCCCCGGCUCCGCCUCCUCCUGCUGCUCGCCCUGCUGCUCUCCCGCGGCCUCCUGCCGGGGGUCCCCCUCCGGGCAUGGGGCACAUGCGUCCCGGAGGCAACAUGCCUCCACCCAUCGCCACCAUGGCUGCUUACGGCAUGCCCCGCAUGCCCAUGCCAGGCAUGCCGGGCGCUGCUGCGGCGGCGGCAGGAGGGGGAGGUGGAGGGGAGGAUGAGCAUGAUGCAAAGAGGCAGAAGACAGAGGAGAAUCUAAUUCCGGAGAAUGUCUUCCUCGCACAGCACCCGGGCCCAGUGCGGGUGGUGGUUAUGCUUCCCUCGGUGGAGGGCGAGCCGGCACUCAACGGGCAGAAGGUGGAGGUGCUGGUGUCGUCACUCAGCGAAUCAACGGGCGCAUUCAAAGAGCAUGUUGCGCAGGCUCUGGGUGGCAGCGUGCCGGCCAACAAGCAAAAGCUCAGUGGCAAGGCAGGCUUCUUCAAGGAUUCGCUCUCCCUGGCGUAUUAUAAUGUUGGGCCUGGAGAGGCGGUGGUUAUGAGCUUGAAGGAACGUGGAGGCAGGAAGAAAUAG